AUGAAACUCCUCAUCCUCACCUGCCUCAUGGCUGCUGCUCUUGCUAUGCCUAAACUUCAUCACAGAAAUGCAGUAAACAUUCAAAAUCAAUACCAGGACAGCUCUGAGGAACAACAGGAGUCUCUCAAACUGCCAAUGUAUCUCCAGUUCACUGAGGAACAAGCAAUGGCAAACGCUCAGGAAACUGUGAAUGCUAUUUCCAAUGUCAAUGAGCAAGCUUUCCUGGCCCAGCAAGCUUUCCUGGCCCAGCAAGCUUUCCUGGCCCAGAAAGCUUCCCUGGCCCAGCAAGCUGCCCUGGCUCAGCGAGCUGCCCUGGCCCAGCUUGCUUCCAUGGCCCAGCAAGUUUCCGAAGUACAGAGACAGCCUAUGAGUGUAGUGGAUCAGGUCUUUCCACAAUUCUACCAGCAGUAUGAGACCUAUCCCCUUUGGUCUUUUAUUCCACAAGAUGUACAGCACAUUACCCCCGAAUCUGUUCUUAACACUGCCAAGCCCAUUGCCCCCAAGACUGCUGAAGAAACCAAAGUGUGGUGGUGA